GAUUUGCUGCCCUCAGCACAUUGGAUCUUGCAAAUGCAUUGCUGGACUCUUGACUUGCGACUUGCCGGCGAGUCCUUCUUGCUCACUCUUUCUUGUUCACGAACAUCUUCCGAUAGUCCAUACUACACACUAGUGAUUUUUUUCAAGCUUGUACUGCAACAUGGAAAUUCAACACGAAAGGACUCGGUUCGAGACGGAUACGCCAGCCCUGCACCCUGUCCCAGAGGCCAGCUUUUCGGCCACAACACUGCACAGGGACAACAGCUUCAUUCUCUCGGGCUAUCGUGAUGUGUCGUUUUCGUACUGGCAAUGUUUGCAAAGUACACUUGAACUCCACAAUGAAACAGUCAACAUUUGGUCGCAUGCCCUGGGAUCGCUGUGGUUUCUUCAUCAAUUUUUCGAUGAUUGUAUCAAAGACGACACCACUGCUCUGUUGACCUCCGAUAGGUUUGCCAUCGGCAUGUUUGACAUGUCAGUGGCUUUAUGCUUCUUCUUCUCUGCAGCCUUUCAUACGUUCAGUAACCACAGCCGCAGUGUUUACAGACUUAGCAACCAGAUGGAUCACUUAGGGUAUCGUCUUGUUAAUGUGGGGAACUGGACUUUUCUGGCGCCCAUUUUGUCUUUCGAUGCCAGCGGACUGCAUACACGGUCCAUCUGACUCUUAUGUCGGCCUCCCGCCGUGCUGAGCGGCCUAGCUACGCUACGACCUGCUUUUCGUGAGACGGGGGACCAACAACCGCGUGUUCUUGUCUAUACAUGUUUCGGUAUCGGUCUCUUUGCGCCGGUGCUCCACGGCUUGUAUGCAUUCGGGCUUGCGGAGCUCGACGAGAGAAUGGGUCUUAGAUCGUUUCUUGGCUUGCGUUGCUCAACUCAAUAGGGGCCUCGCUGUAUCUCUACAAAGCACCAGAGCGGUGGUUGCCUGGCAGGUGUGACCUUGCCGGGCAGGGCCAUAACUGGAUGCACGGGUUCGUGCUUGCUGGAGUAUGGAUGCGGUGUAACGGUCUAGUUCAGCUGGCGAUCCCGAGAAGCGCAAGACAGGAGGUUCUAUGAGUGGUCGAACGAAGGGAUAAUCAUUCAAGCGCCAAUCACGAUCAUGAUCUGCAAAUGAGAUGAUGGGCAUACAUUGGAGGGUUCUCCUGGAGAUAGAGCGGAUUGGCAUCAUAAAAAACUGAAGCUAAGCCUCAGUUCACCAUUCAUC